GAUUGCAUCGAAUACAGUUCUCCCAGUUUAUCUAGCAUGUAUACCAGAUCAUCAUUGUUUGUUUUUCUCCUGGGUCUAACCAUCGGAGUGAUAUGGAUCCAAGCGGGGACCCAACAGCCCAUCACAGAGACCUGCCUGGUGUGUAUGUGUCAGGCCCUGAGUGGCUGCAAUGACACGGCUGUGUGCGUGAAUGGGGCUUGUGGCAUCUUCAGGAUCACCUGGGAUCAGUGGGUGGACUCCGGGCGAUUUACCAUAGAAGGGGACUCUCCUUUAACGGAAAGCUCCUUCACCAACUGCGCCAACGAUCCUAUUUGCGCUGCCAAUACCUUGCAGAGCUACAUGGUCAAAUACGGUCAGGAUUGUAACGAUGACGAAACGGAGGACUGCUACGAUUAUGGAGCCAUCCAUUACAUGGGUCCCUUUAACUGCAAGGCAGAUAUGCCCUACUCCUAUGAAAGCGUCUUCAGACGCUGCCUGAGAGAUGCUCUGCGGGCUGAGAAGCGCCAGAAAGCCAACUGAAAUUCCGGGAAUGCAUUCCACUUAGUAUAGUAACUUAAUAAAUUAGUAAAUUAUGAGGAAGACUCUGCUUAAUGUAUGUGCGAAUAUUGCAUUGCUAAUGUAGGCGUUAAAGUUUAUUAAUAAACCGGUGGCUACGGCCAACUCAGA